UUAAAAAAAACUGUCCAAAAGUGAUGUAUAUGGAAUCCGGGUCAGCUGUAGCUAGUUAGUGCACUUCUGCAUGUGAGAGUAAAACACUGCAGUUUCAAAAAACACUUCCUCCUCUCUUCUGGAAUAACAUACUGGAACAUUACUUUUUGCCUUUUUUAAUGAUUAGUUAGCUUGGUUAUCGUAUGGAGAAAUCCAAUUCCUCAAUACAGCUUGGAUCUAGCAGAGAAAGACAAAAGCAGUUUUCAACUCCGACUGAAGAUUAACAAUACACAGCACCGAUUAAUAUAGGAAGAAAAAGCAACUUGACCUCUGGAUUUUCCAUCUACCACAGAAGCAAACAGCUGGAUGAUUUUUUUUCCUGUCUCUUCUGACAGUCAUCAUACUUGCUUUAAAAUGAAGAUAUUUAAAUGGACUUUGGGUGUAUUGUUGUUCCUGCUGUUAUCUAUCGGGCGCUGUACAGAACAAUCUACGCCUAAUAAAACAUCCCAACGGAGGCACCCUCGUUCAGCUGACAGUGGAGAGGAAGGCAAGAAAUGUGGUUACACAUUCCUGGUUCCAGAACAAAAAAUCACAGGGCCAAUUUGUGUGAAUACUAACGGUCCGGGUACUGGUAACAGAAAAGACGAAGUCACAAGAAUGGACAUAGAGAACUUGAAGGACGUGCUGUCCAAGCAAAAGCGGGAGAUUGACAUUUUGCAAUUGGUUGUGGAUGUGGAUGGAAACAUUGUGAAUGAAGUAAAACUACUCAGGAAAGAAAGUCGUAACAUGAACUCGCGGGUCACCCAACUCUAUAUGCAACUCCUGCAUGAGAUAAUUCGAAAGCGUGAUAACUCACUUGAGCUUUCCCAGUUGGAAAACAAAGUCCUUAAUGUUACAACAGAAAUGUUGAAGAUGGCAACAAAAUACAAGGAACUUGAAGUAAAAUACGCAGCACUAACUGAUCUUGUAAAUAAUCAGUCUGUGACUAUUUCGCUGCUGGAAGAGCAGUGCUUGAGAAUCUUCACACGACAGGAUACCCAUGGGUCUCCACCUCUUGUUCAAGUCGUGCCACAGCACAUUCCUAACAGCCAGCCAUACACUCCCCUUCUCCUGGGAGGGAACGAGAUACAGCGAGAUCCAGGUUACCCAAAAGACAGAGAUGUAAGGCCGCCACCCGAUCCAGCUACUUCUCCUACAAAGAGUCCUUUCAGAGUACCACCACUGGCUUUAAUUAAUGAAGGUCCAUUCAAAGACUGCCAACAAGCCAAGGAAGCUGGGCAUUCCAACAGUGGGAUUUAUAUGAUCAAACCUGAAAAUAGUAAUGAGCCAAUGCAACUAUGGUGUGAGAACAGCCUGGACCCUGGAGGAUGGGCAGUUCUUCAGAAGAGGACAGAUGGGUCUGUCAACUUUUUCAGGAACUGGGAUAGUUACAAGAAAGGAUUUGGAAACAUUGAUGGAGAGUACUGGCUUGGACUAGAAAAUAUUUACAUGCUUACCAAUCAGGAUAAUUACAGACUUUUGAUUGAGUUAGAGGACUGGAGCAAUAAAAAAGUCUAUGCAGAAUACAGCAGUUUUCGCCUGGAGCCUGAAAGUGAAUUCUACAGGAUACGCUUAGGAACAUACCAAGGAAACGCAGGCGACUCCAUGAUAUGGCAUAAUGGAAAGCAAUUUACAACACUGGACAGAGACAGGGAUAUGUAUUCAGGAAACUGUGCUCAUUUUCACAAAGGCGGCUGGUGGUACAAUGCGUGUGCCCACUCCAACCUUAAUGGGGUGUGGUACAGAGGAGGCCACUACAGGAGCAAGUAUCAGGAUGGAAUAUUUUGGGCUGAGUACCGGGGAGGCUCCUACUCCUUGAAAGCAGUUCAAAUGAUGAUCAGACCUAUAGACUGAGGAGGAAAAUCUCACAGAGCUCAAGUGAUCGUAUAUAAACUUCUCAGUGCUUGAGUUCCAGAAAAAUAAAAUAUUACUUCUUAAUCAUCAUUUUGCACAAUCUGCCCCUGCAAAAAGCAGGUCUACAAUUUUCCUGUCUUCCCCCCCCCAUUGUGUUGCCCUCUCAUUUUUUUAGAAACCUUUUCUACUGUGACAGACAGUGGGUUUUUUUAAACACACAUACACAAAAGCAGAUGUUUGUGCUUGCAAAGCAUAUUUAUCUUUGUUCAAGUCCAACAUACUUUAUGAAACAGUCAUUAGAGCUGGUAAAAAUUUCCAGAUAUAUGACAAGUUAUAAGCUUUUCCACUUAAAAAGCUUAUGCUUUUUCAGGUUAGCUCAACCCUUUAAUGUAAAUAUGUGAAAUGACAUUGUCUUGCUUUAAUGUGAAAAUGGAUUAGUUAUUUAACAAUUAUUUAAAAACAUUGGUAUUACUUUCAAUGAAAAUCUGACCUCACAUUACUGUAAGAUUUACUCCAAGAAGCUAUAGAAAAAAUGGAAGACAUUCUAGCUUUGCCAGCAGAGACACACUUUUGCAACAAAUAAUUAUUUCAAAAUGAAGCAGUAAAUUAAAAAUAAAAUAUAAAAAUUUUUAGUGCUGUAGAGAAUUCCUGAAGAACUGCAUAUCCUACCUUCUGUAAAACAUUUAGGCAAUAUUUUCCUAAACUAAGAAAAAUAAUUGUAUGAAGUUAUUGGUAAACUUAAAACAAUCAAAUUGCUUGAUACUUUUUUAACUUUCAACCUCCAUAUUCAAACAUCCUAAUUAAACAAAAGGAUACUUUGAACUUAAAUGGCAAAAUGAAAAGCCCUGAUAUUAAAAUCACGACUUGACACUUGGAGACCCACCUCCACUCCAAUUAGGAGUGAUGAGGUCUGAACAAGUGUUCACACAUACUAGAGAAGGACAGUCUCUGAAUAUGACAAGUUUUCCUCCACCACAGCUUCCUGCUGACAUAGUAAAAAAACAUUAGAAAUCAGCCCUGAGUGUACUCUGCCUGCCACCCCAUUAGACUGUUCUUAUGAUAUACACAAUUCCCUUCCCCUACAUAUAUAUAACUUUUGAUAUGUCUAUAUUAAAUUUUCUACAUUCUGGAUUACAUAAUUUCAGUGGAAAUCUGGUAUUUAAGAGAUUGAUUAGAAAAUACUUUUCCAAUCUUUAACAGAAGCCAACUUACUGCAUCAAAACAAGAUGCUUUCAAAAUCAGAAGCAACAAAAUGUUCACUUUAGGCACCAGUCUCCAAAACUAAAGCUUUCUUCCUAGUAUAUAAAAUUAUUUAAUAAUUGUACUUAGCCACACAGUUUACCUAAUUUAAUUCGAUAUUACAUAAAAACAAAAUACACUGUUCUGAACUGUACCCAACCUAUUUGCCAAUUCCUAUGUGCCUUCAGGAUUUUAAGGAACUUUGCCCCUAUUUAACAUAAGAAACCCUAAUAGCAAAAAGAAUAAUCUAAUAUUGUUAUGUUAAAUUAGUCUAUGUCAAUUGUUAUUCAAAACCUCAUUUCUAAUUCAGAGGAAAGAAAAACAGCAUUCUGCUUUCAAAAUGUAUUCUCUAAAGUAGAUAAAGCUUCAUGGAUAACACAUGGCAACAAGGGUUGUAGUUACAUCUUUGGUCAGACAUCAAGGGCAACAAGUUCCAACAUUUAAUUGGGGUUGGCAGGGUUGGUGGAGAAUAAAUCCCAGCAUAUUCCAUUCCCAAAUUCCAAGAAUUUUAACUAGCACAUGUUUACGAUUACAAUUCUGAAAUUGUUCUUCAUAUAAGGAAUAUUUGUUUGUUACAAAUAUUGUACAGACCUCAUUGAGUGUUCUAUAAAAUGCUUUUUAAUUAAAAAUGCUUAAAAUUCAGACUAUCUAUAGUCUAUUAUUUUUUUUUCUAUGGUAGCUGGAUAGAAGAGGAAUUCAGGUAAAUUUAAAAGCUGAAAAUGCCCUCCAAAAACGUUCCUUUAAUGAACACUUCUGACAGCUUUAGUUUGUUCAACCAACAGAUUUCCUCUCCUUGGAAGAGAUCUUAUCUUACCACAAGAAUCUCUUGCCUGCUACAAAAACAGCGUUUGUUUAUUCAGCACAGUCAGUGAAAGAUGUACUUUGCAGAAGCCCCUAAGUAAAAAUUAGCUUGCACUCAGCCUUUAAAUUAAAUCUUACAUAUUAGACAUCUAAAAAGUGAGUCUUCCCCAGUUUAAGGCUACAGGAUGACAUUAACUGAACAUUAUUACAAAAUGGAAAGCUCAGAGUACAAAUGCUGUGCCUCUGAAAGGAAAGACUUAAAAUUAAGUUGCCAAUUUAAGAUCACGAGGAGGAAAAGCAGAGCAUCUCUCUUUCAGGUUGGUUCAUAUGGUGUACAAUAGUACUUUCAAAUGCUAUCAGUUCUUAGCUUUUGGGUUGAAUUUUCUAAGCAGGGUAAAUGACUUUAAAAGUUCAAUGUUUUCUCUCACUUUUUCUAGAGAAGUUUUUCAAAAGAGGCUGUAGCAAGCCUCAAACUCAUUGCACUGGAUGUUCAGAAGCAGUAUGUCUGGAAGAUAGAGCUUUCACUAUUCUCGUACUAUCAGUCCAAAUUUAUCCAAGCAGACAUUGAAGAAGUUGAACCUGUACUAAACCUGAAACAGUUUUCACAUGUAUUUCUAAAGUCUAUUGCAAGCAUUAUCACUCAAGUAACUGAAUACUCAUCAGAUGAAUACUUCAAUAACCUGUUUUCAGCUUCUCUGUUUCUGGAUAUAAUUCCUGAAAGACAGCUAUAAGGAAACAUUUCACAAGGUAGUACCUGCUUAGUUAA